AUGCCUGACACCAAGACCACCUUUCAUCCGGCUCUUGCCGUCUCCAAUAUCAAGAACCAUGUUUCCGUCACUUUUGAAAUGGGAAACGUUCAAUAUGGAACGUGGGCUGAGUUGUUCAAGGUCCAUGCUCGAUCUCACCGAGUUCUUCACCAUAUUAUUGCACCUGUGAAGGAAGCUGCUGAUAAAACCACCGAGGACGACGACAUGUGGGUUACCCUGGAUGCUACAGUUCUGGGUUGGAUUUUUUCAACCAUUUCCAACGACCUUCUGACCACCAUCACUGAGCCUGACAUGACUGCCAUGGAGGCUUGGGAGCGGUUGGAAAGCAUUUUUCAUGACCAAGCGAAUUCGCGUGCAGUUACUCUUGAGCAAGUACUCACCCACACCCGUAUGCAAGACUUCCCUAACGCGUCGGCAUAUUGCCUGCGCCUCAAGAUGCUUGCUGACCAGUUGAAGAACGUGGGGGCUCCGGUCUCCAAUAAUAGGUUGGUGUUACAGAUGGUUGCGGGUUUGACGGAGGCCUACAAGCAUGUGGGGACGAAUAUUCAUCAAAGUAAGGUUCUUCCUUCCUUCUAUGAAGUCCGGUCGAGUCUAUGUCUUGAGGAAAAAGGUUUGGCCGCGAUGUACACCACCGGGGGCGGUGGCUCAGCCAUGGUUACGGACUCUGAUGAUGCAUCUGACGGGUCGGGUCAUCGCAACCCUACCCACCAUCGUGGGGGCAAUAACCGGAAUAAUGGGGGCAAGAAACAUGGCCACAAAUCCGGCGACGGCAGUAAGUCCGACGGGUCUCACUCCAGCGGUGGAAAGAACCGUGGCGGCGGGAAUGGCCACGGUGGCCAGCAACAAUCGGUGCAGCAGGGGCAAGCCUCGUGGCUAGAUCAGUCACCAUGGGGUUGGUUUCCUCCAUUGGCUCUCCCUCCUUGUCCUUACCCAACAUAG